UAUAUUCUACAGAGUCUAUGUAUGUUGCUUUGGCUGAAUGUAACAUUAAGUGGACAAGUCUCUGCUGAUAGUAACAUUCUACAGAAAUCUAUGUUGGAUGGAAGCACGACGUCCGGAGUGAAAGCGUCCAGUAUCUUACGUGACAUCCUCAACCAGGAGAGCCUAGUGAGGUUUUCUAUGGUUCAGAGAAUCCAGAACUUAGUAAUGGAUGUAAUAGACAGCAAAAACAAUUCUCAGGUGGUGAAGCAGAAAAUGAAAAUCUUAACAAAGGAGUUACAAGACCUGGAGACAAGAGACAACGGUAUAGAAACCGAGGUUACAAAACUUAAACAGGUGUUAGAAGCUAUGAAUGAGACAGCACGAAGUUAUCAAGAUAUGAUGAUGAACAAAGUUCGAGAUUUAACAGAGAAGGAAUUAUUUGAAAUAAGAAAUCAAACUUUAGUUCUCAAGGAAGAAAGCAGAGAAUUACUGGCGGAAUUUAAAAUAUUGGAGAGGAGUGAUAACGGUAUAGAAACAGAGGUUACAAAACUUAAACAGAUGUUAGAAGCUAUGAAUGAGACAUUAAGAAGUAAUCAAGAUAUGAUGAUGAACAAAGUUCGAAAUUUAACAGGGAAGGAAUUAGUUAAAAUAAGAAAUCAAACUUCAGUUCUCAAGAGAGAAAAUAGAAAAUUACUGGCGGAAAACAGAAUAAUCACACAUCGCCUGCAGAUACAAAAUGAAACCCUGCAUGAAGAAAUUCAGCAGUUAAAGAACAAAGAAUCGGACCUCAGAAAUAAAAACCGGGAAUUGUCAACAGAAAAUCUUCUCUUUAGAGAACAGUUAAAUGAUGUGAAAAACACACUGAAUAAUAUGAAACAUUCCGUGUAUGAGGGACGAUUUAAUAAAAUAGAAAACUCCCUGAAAACAUUUUCAACAUCUAUCAAUGAUACACUUGAUGGCUUAGUGGAGGAACAUAAAAUUCUAAACCUGCAGAUUAUUAACGUCUCCUCUUCUCUAUCUGCUGUAAAAUCAAAACUGUACCCAAAUGAUUGUAACACUAUUCUGGAGCGAAAUAAGAGGUUAAAAGGAAAAGAUGGCGUCUAUGAGAUAUCGAUUAAUGGUGACAUCACUUCCGUCUUUUGUGACAUGACAACAGAUGGAGGCGGAUGGACGGUUAUACAGAAAAGAAUUGACGGAUCAACUGAUUUCUAUCGAACUUGGAAAAAGUACAAACAAGGUUUUGGGGAUCCAAAGAACAACUACUGGAUAGGCAAUGAUGCAAUCCAUGUAUUAACCAAAGAUCAGAACCAGGAACUGCGAAUUGAUCUCCAGAGAUUUAAUGGGGACACAGCGUAUGCUGAAUAUUCCACGUUUUAUAUCGGAAACGAGGCUGAUAAAUACCGACUCACGGUAUCCGGGUACACAGGAACUGCAGGUAAUUUUUUUUAUUGACAUAACCUUCAUUUUAAGACUUUU